CAUAAACUCGGUGAUCACUCUUAAGUUCCUUUUUUCAUCGACGCGAGUGGCUGUGCUUGCUUUUUGUACGUUUGAUGAUAUUUAUAAGAAAUUUCUUAUCAUUCAUACGAUUGAAGUAUCAAAAUGACGAAUUCGAAAGGUUAUCGUCGUGGAACGAGAGAUUUGUUUUCUCGAAAGUUCCGUAAACAUGGGACAAUUCCGUUAUCCACGUAUAUGAAAGUAUAUAAAGUCGGUGACAUUGUUGAUAUUAAAGGCAAUGGAGCUGUUCAAAAGGGAAUGCCCUACAAAGUUUAUCAUGGAAAAACUGGACGUGUAUUUAAUGUAACUCCUCACGCUCUUGGUGUUAUUGUAAAUAAAAGAGUACGUGGACGUAUCAUAGCCAAGAGGAUUAAUGUUCGCAUUGAACAUUUGACUCACUCCAAAUGCAGAGAAGAUUUUCUGAAACGUGUAAAGGAAAAUGAGAGGCUCAGAAAGGAAGCUAAGGAGAAGAAAAUCAAAGUUCAAUUGAAAAGACAACCUGCUGAACCAAUGCGAGCACAUAUAGUGUCAGGACGCGAAGAACCUGUUCUACUCGCUCCUAUUCCAUAUGAAUUUAUUGCUUAAAAUCUAAAUAAACACAUUUUGACAUGAUUUGUA